AAAUUUUUGAAAAAAAUUAGUUCUUGCAGUUCUACUGAAGAAUAGGAGAGAGAAGGCUCUGCAUUGCUUCAAAAUGGCUUCAAUUUCUCUGCACACAGCUCACUCCUUCCCUUCUUCACUCCACACUCAAACCCCAAAAACAGCACUAUCUCACAAUCUCCCCAUUCUCUCAAAAUCUUCACAGUCCCAAUUCCAUGGCCUCAAGCUCUCUAAUUCGUCCCACCUCUCAAUCCCAUCUCCUGUUUCUGCCAAAUCCGCCGUUGUCGCCAAGGUGUCGGAAGGGACACAAGCACCAGCAUUUACAUUGAAGGAUCAAAAUGGGAGGAGUGUGAGCCUCUCCAAAUUCAAAGGCAAGCCUGUGGUUGUCUAUUUCUACCCUGCUGAUGAAACCCCUGGCUGCACUAAGCAGGCGUGUGCUUUCAGAGACUCGUACGAAAAAUUCAAGAAAGCAGGAGCCGAGGUUAUUGGGAUCAGUGGUGAUGAUACCUCAUCACACAAGGCCUUUGCGGAGAAAUACAAACUCCCGUUUACCCUACUCAGUGACGAGGGCAACAAGGUCAGAAAAGACUGGGGCGUCCCAUCUGACCUCUUUGGUGCGCUUCCUGGAAGGCAGACCUACGUCCUCGACAAAAAUGGAGUAUGUCGCCUUGUCUACAACAAUCAGUUCCAACCUGAGAAGCACAUCGAUGAGACCUUGAAGUUUCUUAAAAGCGUCUGAAAACGACCCGUAUCCACCUUCUCAACAUCUUCCUCUGUUGAAAUUUAUGCCUACUUUUCUAGAGAAUAUGAUGCUGAUGUAUCACUGUUACUACAUCUAUUGAAAAGGGAACCUUGUCUUU